GCGCUUCGGAGCGGGCUCAGCGACUAUAUAAAUCUUAGAUCACCGUUGGACAUGCUCAAACGAACUUUGGUGAAAACCUUGUGCUCUACACUGCGGAGAAAUCUCAACGACCUAUAACCAAAAUCAUGUCUCUGUCUGCUGCUGAAGCUGAUCUCGCCGGAAAGUCAUGGGCUCCCGUCGUUGCCAACAAAGACGCCAACGGUGAUGCCUUCCUCGUUGCUCUCUUUGAGAAGUUCCCCGACUCUGCCAACUUCUUCGCUGACUUCAAAGGCAAGAGUAUCGCUGACAUCAAGGCCUCCCCCAAGCUGCGUGAUGUCUCCUCCAGAAUCUUCACUCGUCUCAACGAGUUCGUGAACAACGCUGCUGAUGCCGGCAAGAUGAGCGCCAUGCUCAGUCAGUUCGCCAAGGAGCACGUAGGCUUCGGUGUGGGAUCUGCCCAAUUCGAGAAUGUCCGCUCCAUGUUCCCCGCCUACGUGGCCUCCGUGGCUGCUCCCCCCGCCGGCGCCGACGCUGCAUGGAGCAAGCUCUUCGGACUCAUCAUCGAUGCCCUCAAGGCCGCCGGCAAAUAAGAUGCUGGCCCCUACGCUCCAUGUUGCUUCCUGUUUAACGACAGAACCAAAAUGAUAUUACGUUUUCAUUAUUUGUCUUUGUUUUUUUUAACUUUUCUUUUUCUCUUUUUCUUUUUUUUUUUUUAAACUGGAAACAACAGUCAUGUUCCUGGUUGUCUGUGAUCUGUUGUGAAACAUUGUUACAUUGCCAUUCGCACGCUGUUUUCUUCUGCAUUGACUGACUGACUGCCGUUUAAAUGGGGGAACGGAAGACUUUUUAGACCUUCAUUUGAUGUGACCAAUGUUCCUGAGGAAAAAAAAGAGCGCAAGUUGAAAUUUCUUCGUUCACAAAUUCUAUGGACAAUUUAUUUUCCAUGUGUGAUUUGUAAAUAAUGUACAUGCCAUUUAAAUUAUUCAUAGUUAGCCUGCAAUCCAGCAAGCAUUAAGUUUUGAGCUCAGGAGACUCAAAAGUCAAAUAAUUAAUUAUUGAAAAUGCCCGACAAAGAUGCAAAUUUAAAACUAAGUCAAAGGCUGUCAUUUUUAGGCACCACUGAGUUUUUAUCAGUGCAGCCAUUUGACAAAGCGCUACGAUGUAUACUUUCAAUACAAAUAUAUGAUUGGUUGGUGCAUUCCAAAAGCUAAGUAACUGACCAUCAUACAAGUACCGAUUUCAUUGAUGUGGAUGCACGGCAAGAGAUGUCUCGUCUCGCAAGUUGAUGAUACUUUUGUGAUGGCGUUGUACUAGCUUCUUUAUUGUGUCUUUUUUACAUGAAAUAAAUGAAAAUCAAUUUGUUUUA